AUGGGGUAUUACCCCUGCCUGCUGCCGGUUGUUUCAGAGCCCUGUGAGAAUGCUGUGCCACUCAGGUUUAACUGGAGUGAGCUGACCCCUCUGGGGCUGUGGGGGAGGACCCUGGGCCUGCAGACAGAGAACUCCCAGUUCCUGCUGGAAGGGAUGCCCUUCCGCAUUUUCGGGGGCUCCAUGCACUACUUCCGAGUGCCCCGCGAGUACUGGGAGGAUCGGAUGCUCAAAAUGAGAGCCUGUGGCCUCAACACCCUCACCACGUACGUGCCGUGGAACUUGCACGAAAAGGAAAGAGGCAAGUUUGACUUCAGUAAAAACCUGGACCUAAGGGCCUUCCUUUCCCUGGCAGCUAAAAAUGGCCUGUGGGUGAUUCUGCGCCCUGGACCUUACAUCUGCUCAGAGUGGGACCUCGGGGGUCUGCCCAGCUGGCUGCUGCAGGACCCUGAGAUGCAGCUGAGGACGACGUACAAGGGCUUCACAGAAGCUGUGGACGCCUACUUUGACCGCCUGAUGCGCGUUGUUGUCCCUCUGCAGUACAAGAAAGGCGGUCCCAUCAUUGUAGUACAGGUGGAGAAUGAAUAUGGUUCCUAUGCCAAAGACCCAAACUACAUGACCUAUGUCAAAAUGGCCCUGUUAAACAGAGGGAUUGUGGAGCUGCUGAUGACCUCAGACAACAAGAAUGGGCUGUCCUUUGGCUUGGUGGAAGGAGCACUGGCCACUGUUAACUUUCAGAAGCUGGAGCCUGGGCUGCUGAAAUACCUGGACACAGUACAGAAAGACCAGCCUAAGAUGGUGAUGGAGUACUGGACGGGGUGGUUUGAUAACUGGGGAGGCCCUCACUAUGUCUUUGAUGCAGAUGAGAUGGUGAAUACUGUAGCAAGCAUCCUCAAAACAGGAGCAUCCAUCAACCUCUACAUGUUCCACGGAGGCACCAACUUUGGUUUCAUGAGCGGGGCGUUGGAAGCUGAUGAGUACAAGUCAGAUGUCACCAGUUAUGAUUAUGAUGCUGUGCUGACAGAGGCUGGGGACUACACAUCCAAAUUCUUCAAGCUGAGACAACUCUUCAGCAUGGUCAUUGGCCAGCCUCUUCCUCUGCCUCCCAUGAUUGAGAGCAAGGCCUCCUAUGGUGCCAUCCUCUUGCACCAGUACAUCUCUCUCUGGGAUGUGCUGCCAGCACUUCUGCAGCCCAUUAAGUCAGAAUUCCCUGUGAACAUGGAGAAUCUGCAUCUGAACGACAGCAUUGGGCAGCCCUAUGGAUAUGUGCUCUAUGAGACUGUCAUUUUUGGGGGGGGACACCUGCACACCAGGGACCACGUCCGGGACCGGGCACAGGUGUUUGUUAACACCAUGUAUGUGGGGGAGCUGGACUACAACACAGUGGAGCUCUCCAUUCCUGAGGGACAGGUGUUUGUUAACACAUGCUUAAUUGGUGACGUCUUCUUGAAUAAAACCCCCUUGAGGAACUUCAAGAUUUACAGUUUGGAGAUGAAACCUGCCUUCAUGAAAAGCUUGCAGCACGUGUCUGGCUGGAGCACGGUCCCGGAUUAUUUCGUGGGGCCGGCGUUCUUCCGCGGGAGGCUGUGGAUAGAGCAGCAGCCACAAGACACCUUCUUGAAGCUGCAGGGCUGGGAGAAAGGAGUGGUGUUUGUCAAUGGUCAGAACCUGGGAAGAUACUGGAAGAUUGGACCUCAGGAAACUCUUUACCUUCCUGGGCCCUGGCUAAGGAGAGGGGGCAAUGAGAUUGUGAUCUUCGAGGAGCGCACGGCGGGCCGGAUCAUCCAGUCCGUGGACAUCCCUUACCUAGGACGGACCCAGUACGUGGACUGAGAGCUGCUGUCCCACGUUUGGCUCACCCUGAGCACUCCUGCUUGGCUCAGCGCUCGGGCAUGCUAACCUCCACUCCAGCCUGGGGAAGGAUUUGCCCUCUGGCAGUGAGGUCAGAGGAGAGGACAGCGAGGAAGCAGCGCCCUUGUUCCAUGGAUGGAUGGAUGGAUGGAUGAUGCGGCUCAUCCCCUGCCCUGCUGAGGCCCCCAGCCCCGAUGGCUGCGCAUGUUCUGCACCAUCUGGUGGAUGUGGGGGAAUAAAAAGGUGCUGGAGGCAGGUGAGAGAGAGAGAGAGAAAGAACUGAAGCCAUCUGAACCAGAAGCUGAGCUCAGCUUUCCAAGGACUUUCAAAAUGUGCUAACGUUGGCCUCCUCGUUUUUAUAAUUAGGUAGGGAGAAAAUAGUUGGUGCACAUGUGAGUAAUCAGGUGUGGAAAACCAUUUGGUGUGCUUUGAGGCAGAUUUUAGCAAGUCUCUCUGCAAAAAGGCCAUUAUGUGUUCCUUUGUUGGAAGGCAAGGUGGUUGUCAAAUGACUUUUAAUUUCAGCUUUUUUUUCCCACUAAGUUUUAUUACGGAGGUCGUCUCUCUCUCAAAAGGGAAAAAAAAGAAAAAAUUUAAAAAGUGA